GAACAAACUACCUACCUCUACCUACCUAGCUCUCCUCCGCCUACCUCUACCUCUCUCCUCGACCUCGCCCGCUCUUGUUGUCGUGGUAGUACGUUAUUUGCGACAUACCUUGCCAUAUUACUACAUAGCACAUAUUCAAAUGAACAAAAACCACUUGACCUUGGACAACUUUGACCUUCCAACGAAUCCUUCUAUAGUUCGUUCGUCUUUCAUCCUUUCCUAAACCCUUCUCCACGUUCGUUAGCCUACCUAUAUUUCCUUCUUACUACUCGCUUACUUGCUUGCUUCCUUACUUCCUUCGUACAUAUAGCCAUUUCUUUCAAUAUCUCUUUCUUGCCCGCCAAAGUCGGACUAACCCCCGUCUUCGCCCUCUACCUAAUAUCUCUUCCAUUGAGACUUUGUCUCGUUCCUUAGCUGAAUCGUCUCAUUUUAAUAUUCGUCGUACCGCCUGUAUGCGCACUGAGUAAAUCAUAAGUAAUUCCGCGCCGGAUGGGCGCCGGCCGUUGUGCUACACGUCAAUUUCAUGGAGACUCACGUAGAUGAGGGCACGCCUUUGAGCAACUAUCUCGAGGGUACGGGCGAGAAGGAGGAGCUACAAUGGCAGGAAUCCGAUGACAGCAGGGACAACGACUGCUCGCCACCACCCAGCCCGACCCCAGAGUUCGCCCCCAGAGGCUUCGCCAAGGUCCGCAAGCGAUUCAGGGAAAAUAUCCCGAAGCCUCUACGGAUUGACGCCGACAACCUUCCCGCCCAUCUGAACCGGAUCCACAACCACGCCUCCCCCAUGCUCGAUAUCCUACAGUUCUUGCUCGAGGCCGUCACCUCAUCUAUCGACCACGCCCGGACGAUCGGCUUCCUCGAGCGCCUGCGCCUCGCCAUCGUGCAGUCCCAGCUACUAGAUAACCCCUUAGUUCUCGGGUACCAACAAUCGGCAGACGCGGCCGCGCCCGAGCUGGUCAUCGAGUCGGGCCUCCACGGAUUCACCGCCUCUGGCGCCGUUGCCGCCGCUGUUUUCGGCUUCGGCGCCGCGUCCCUUGUCAGAUAUAUCUCCCUUACCGGAUUUGUGCCCACAUGGAAACGGCUGCUGGUUUCCGUCGUGAUAUCGUCCCUCGCUUCUCUAAUUGCUCGAGCAUACGUCCGAAGACAGAUCCUGAGAAACAUACAAAAGCAAGGCCUAGCAGAGGCGUCAGCCUUCCUCUCAAUCUCCCGAGAAUACGACUGCGCGAACAGCGCUGCCCUCAACUUCAUAAUGGAGGUGGAAUUGGUGGCCCGAGGAUAUCGACUGAGCACCCCUAUUCCGCCUAUCAGCCGGUUAGAGAACAACGGCCAAAAUGUCAAGUGCCAGCAGCUUAGGGCUGCCCUUCGAACCAGCUUGACGGAGGUUAUCUCCAAGUACUACCACACAGCCUUCACGGUCUGGGCGUUCGCAGAGCAGACCGAGCUUCUGCAACUGCAAUCUCAAUAUCAAUUUACCGUCGCCGAUGUAGUAGAGCGGUUCGAGGUGUUUUCCAGGACCGACGCCCAUGACGCCGAGAAGCUCCAACCCCUAAAAGAUGCCGCUUUCCUUUUCCACGACAUCCGGAAGAUGUUCCUGAGCGGCUUAUUAGCCCUCCACACUGUCGGCAACAGCUCCGACCGAGUCCGUUUCACGACGAUACUCGAGUCCUUCCAAGAAUUGAAUGUGGUGACCAGACAAGCCUAUGCCCGGGUGAGAGACAUACUGGCUGAUAAUGACUUUCAACUGCCAAAGACCCCGAGAAGCCCCGAGCCGCCCGGCCAGGACCGCUGGCGCCACCAAGUUCGGAGACUUAAUUCGAUGACUAUGAACAUCCGGAGUGUGCAGGCCAAAUUGCAUCUCCUCCGUGAGGAGUCGUCCAAGGCUUUGAACGAAGCCGACGACAUUAGCAACAUUAGCGACCUCGGGCCGUUAUUCAUGGCCCAGUACGAAUCGAUCGGACAAGAUCUACGAGACCUGAUGGAAGCGUGGCAGACCGGGAAAUCGUCCCUGGCGUCCGGCAUUGAUAGGAACGAGAAGCGUCUUUCAUCUGUGGGCUCCAUGCUUAUGUCCCCCGCAAGUACGCUGAGCGGACGAACGAUUGCGGAAGAAGACGAGAACAGCCAGGACGAGCAGGAGCCGGGUGUCGCCGACGCGCUGAGGAAGCUCAACGGGGAUUCGUCUCCGACAAGAGAACUAGUAAUAUCGAUCGAGCCGGAAGUGUUCGAGGCCAUCUCGCUACCGAAGCCCAGGAGCCUGCUCACGCGAGAGGAGAGGAUCAUCAGGAUGAGGGAGGAUCGCAAGUCCAAGGAUAUCGCCCGCGCAAAAGCUGAGGCCCACAGAGGCAUGAUGCGAGAAUUGCAGGGCGUCCUGGACAGAAAACCUGGCCGCGGCCGAGUCUCUCUUUAAACCGUUUCCUUGACAGUGUAUCAUAUAGACCAAAAGCAGUCACUGGGUUCCGGGCGUUGAUAACGAGCAGGUAACGAAUCGGUCACACGGCGUAUUUGGGAUAGACAGCGAGCCGGCCUGACCAACCUUUUUCACCACGGCGGGGUUUGGUGCUUUUAUUUAUCUAACCCUUUUUUUUCCUCCAAAACCUGGCGGCAGUGAAAGACAAAAAAACCUGAUAGAGGGCUAGUCAUCGACACGAUCUUUUGCGUAUAAUGUUCCCCUUUUCCCUGUUUUAUCCAACCCCCGUGUAUAUAUGUACCAACGCCAUCAGCCCCAUAUAUACACACACUCACACAGCACACGCUCGUUUAUCGCUCUCUACGGAUACGCCUAAUGUGGUCGCCUUUAUAGAAAAAAAAAAACAAUGUGACGCCUCAAGAUGCGAUGCCUUCUAUCACGGAAUGGCCAGGGUAGUGCCUGGGUAACGAACAUUCCACGGCGAUUUCUAGUGAAGCUAUUCUGGCCAGAUAUAGGGGGUCACAGAGAGAUAUCUGCCUAAGUACCAGACCACGCGCUGCACAUAGGCAGAUGACGCUCCUAUACGAUUCUACGAAAUGGC